AGCCGCAAGUAUCACGUUUCCUGUGAUGGAGGUCGUGAGGACGUUCGACAUUUUGUUAGCCUUUUAGCAAAACAGAAGGGUUGUCGGCUUGUUCUGAGAAAACUUGAAAGUAAAGGAGUACAUUUCUAUCCUAAAAUUCAUCAUGUGGUAUGAAAUAUUGCCCGGCUUUGCCAUCAUGACAGUGUGUCUAAUGGUUCCCGGCGUCGCUACAGCAUACAUCCACAAGUUCACCAAUGGAGGAAAGGAAAAGAGAAUUGUUCGGAUUCCCUGGCACUGGUACCUCAUGGAGAGAGACAGACGUGUGUCUGGAACUGGACGUUAUUACGAUUCCAAGGGGCUUGAAAACAUCCAUUGACUUCCAGACCUUCAAGUGAGGAAUGUUGUAAAAAUGUUGUAAAGUUUCCUAUAUUCCCCUAUAAAUUUCUGUUGAAUAAACUGUAUGAAACAAAA